UAGUUUCACCAUCACGAAGGACAGACUUUACUUUGUAGCUUUGUAACGGGAAUUAAUAGCUUAUUUUGUUUUUCUCAUUAAUUAACGGUUAAAACUUCAGUCUGACCAACUGGGUUAUUUUGUUUAGCUGAAUAUGUGUUCAAAUCGUUAACAUGUGUAUAACUUUACUUCUAAAAUAAUGGUAGACUUUGCUUUCAAACGUCCCGCUCCCCCAGGCAACCAAUGGCAACUGAUACACGGUGGACACGUCCCUGUAUACAGAUGUUAUUUGCAGGGAUGGGGUCACCAACGAAAGAUGCAACACCACACAGAGCCAACAUUCGUACCCCUGGUCAAGAACCUGACUCCCCUCUUCCCCCCAUCCAUGAGCGUCUGGCGUACCUGCGUCCCUCAAGGGAGCUUCUAGAGUUCUACAGAGAGAAGAUCGCACAGUUUGACGGAGAACACGAGGAGCUGCUGCAGAUGCUGGAGAAGUACAGAGGCAUCACGGAGGACCAGCAUAAAAUACAGUGGGAGGUACGACAGCGUGAGGGAGAGAUUGCAGAGCUGCAAAACGCUCUGAGUGACAUGCAGGUCUACCUUUACCAAGAAAGAGAACAGUCUCUUCGACUUUAUGCAGAAAAUGACCGACUAAAGAUCAGAGAGUUAGAAGACAGGAAGAAAAUCCAGCACCUUCUUGCCCUGGUGGGUCCUGAUGCAGGAGAGAUCACAUAUUUUCACCGUGAACCUCCUCACAAGGUUACUGUCACACAGAGGAAUGCCGAGUCCAGCUUGGAGGAAAAUCUCAAUCUCAGGCCAACAAAAUUAAGACAUGCUGUGACCAGGAAAGCAGAGAGUAGCAGGAGAACAAAAUCAACAGACGGGGUAAAUGGAGAGAGCUUGGAACAAUACAAGAACGAUAACCAGACGUUGUUACUACAGGUGGAGGCUCUGCAGGCUCAGAUGGAGGAACAAACCCGUCUGGCUAAAGAGCAGGUAGAGUCUCUGCUGGAGGAUCGGCAGAUUAAAUCAGAGGAGGCACAGGCACAACGGCAGAAAGAUCAGGAGCGAAUCACAGCUCUGACUGACAAGCUCCAACAAACUCAAAACCUGUUGUAUGAGAGCACCAGAGAUUUCUUACAGCUAAAGUUUGACGCACGGGCUCAUGAGAAGAGCUGGAGGGCGGAGAAGGACCGGCUGCUGAGGGAGCUGGACUCCAGCCACAACCGCCUUAGGAAGACUGGGUCUGCCAGUGCAGAGCUGGCCCGAACGUGGCAGCCCAGCAGCAGCACAGCCCUGCUCUUCCCCCGGACUCAGCCAGAGUUACAGCAAACAUUAAAGGAGGAGCUAAAAGCAAUGCAGGAGGAUCUGAAGCAAGCCCACCGUCUAGCUGAGAUGUACAGAGAGCAGUGUAUUACAAUGGAGACAGAACUGUCCCAAAUCAGAGAGGAAGGGGAUGUGGGCAGGGAAAUAUUUAAGGAGCGUUCAGACAAAAUAGCCAAGCGUCUUCAGCUGAUGACUCAGCGUUAUGAGGCGCUGGAGAAGAGGAGGGCCAUGGAGGUGGAGGGCUUCAAGACGGACCUGAAGCACCUCCGACAGAAAUUCAAAGAUGUCGAAAAACAACUCCUCAAGGUCACUCUGAAUAUUGGGCCCAACCAGGACUUAGCUAUUCUGCAUGAGGUACGUCAGACCAACGGCAGGACAAAGAAGGUUCAGGGUGAGCUGAUGGCGCUGAAGGCUAAGAUCUAUGGACUGGAAAACGAGCUGAGAUUUAGCUGAGGACAGGACUGUUGUGUCUACUGUCUGCCUGUAGGGGACAAUCUAUGUGAGGUUUAUCCCAGUCAUGUAUAUUUGUGCCAGUGUGUUUGUCACUUAAACUUAGAAUGAAUGUUAUUUAUAUCUUGUACUUUUGACUAAUAAAGAUGUUUUGCUUCAA